AUGUCCGAAACAAGAAGACUUGCUGUUUCUUCAUCAAUUCGCCCUUCAACAAUCUAUACUUCAAAUCCAUUAUCACGUGAUCGACCUAUAUCAUCAUCCCGUCCUUUAUCCACUCACUCUACACGCCCAUAUUCUUCUAUUCAAGAUAAUUCAAAACUCUCCUUUCAAUCAUCAUCACGUCCCUCUACGAUUUAUAUAUCCGCCAAUGUUUCUCAAUCAUUUAAAGUAGUACGUCGUCAACGACAACGAAAACCAAGUCGUCGAGGUACUCAUAACGUAUUAAAUCAAACUUUGGAUAAUUUUUAUAAUACUUUAAGACGUACCAAAACUUAUCAAACCGUUAAAAGUGCAAAGAAAUGGGUUAAUGAAUAUGAAAGUUAUCGAAAAUCAGUAAUAUUAGAAGAGAAAGAAUAUGAAAAUUAUCGAUUUUCUAUGAUCAUAUAUGAUGAUGAAAAUAAUUCUUCUAUUUCUCCCGUAACAAAAAGACAAUCUCGUUUAUCACCAUUAUCGACAUCGACAACAUUAGGUAGAGAACAACAAAUGAUCAAUAGAUAUCAAAACAGUUUGAGUAAUAAUCAAAAACAUAAAGUUACCGAACCACUUUACUCGAAUUAUUUCUAA